UCAUUCCAAAAAUUUCCUGCGGAAACCCUAGCAUCCGCUUUCGUCGUCUCCCCCGACAUCCAGAGCUAGUCUAAUUCAAGGUUGAGGCAAUGGCGAAGAUUGAGAACACGGUGUUGCAAUUUUCACAGUCUUCUUCUACCACCUUAUCUGCGAAGGUUCACCCUCUUGUUAUCUUCAACAUUUGCGAUUGCUUUGUGAGGCGGCCGGACCAGGCUGAACGAGUGAUCGGUACUCUCCUUGGCUCGGUUUUACCUGAUGGAACGGUCGAUAUUCGCAACUCUUAUGCUGUUCCUCAUAAUGAGUUCUCGGAUCAGGUUGCGUUGGAUAUUGAUUAUCAUCACAAUAUGUUGGUUUCCCACCAAAAAGUUAAUCCAAAGGAAGUUAUUGUUGGAUGGUACUCAACUGGUAUGGGAGUUACGGGUGGCAGUGCAUUGAUACACGAGUUUUAUUCUAGAGAAGUUGCUAACCCUAUUCACCUGACUGUUGAUACUGGAUUUAGAACUGGAGAAGGGACAAUAAAAGCCUAUGUAUCUGUCAACUUGUCUCUGGGAGAUAGACAACUUGCUGCUCAGUUUCAAGAAAUUCCAUUGGAUCUUCGAAUGAUUGAAGCUGAGAGACUUGGAUUUGAUAUACUGAAGACAACUUCUGUUGAUAAACUGCCAAAUGAUUUGGAAGGAAUGGAAGCUUCAAUGGAGAGAUUACUCGCAUUAAUUGACGAUAUUUACAAAUAUGUUGAUAAUGUUGUGGAAGGGCAUGUCGAGCCAGACAACACAAUUGGGAGAUUUCUAGCCGACAGUGUAGCAUCUCUUCCAAAACUGUCACCAUCUGCUUUUGAUAAGCUGAUGAAUGACAACGUGCAGGACCAUUUGCUGUUGCUGUAUUUGUCAAGUAUCACAAGGACACAGCUGAGCUUGGCUGAAAAGUUGAAUACGGCUGCUCAAAUCCUGUAACUUCUUAAACCUGUGCUCGAUGAUUUUACGUGUUCUUUGUUUGGUAAUUGACCAAGAUCUCAGAAUUCGGGUACUUAGUUCUGCUGUAAAACGCUCCCCUUCCCUCUUGAAACCACCCCUUUUGAUCGAGUUCGGUGUUAGAUUCUCCUUAUACUACUGUUUUUUGUGGAAUGUUUGGUCUAGAAAUUCAUAUUUCAACGAUGAGGGCUGUACCACCAAUACGAUCAGGAAUAUUUUUUAGACGCCCAAUUUUCCCCCAUACUAUUUAUUAAUUAGGUUGUCAUAAAAUCUGCCCUCAUCUUUCACCUCCAAGAA